AUGGAUCAUCUCAGGGUUAUCUUCUCGGUUUGUCUUCUCUUUCUCUUCUUCAUCUCUGUUUCGGUUUGUGAGAAACAACACAGAGACGAUAUUCUGAUCCGGCAAGUGGUUAACGGAUCAGAAACUGAGCCAAAAGAUAUGUCGUGGGAGGAUCACUUUACUCUGUUCAAGAAGAGAUACGGCAAGGUUUACACUUCUCUUGAGGAGCAUCAACACAGGUUCGCAAUUUUCAGAAGUAACUUUAUAAGAGCGACUCGUCACCAGAGGAUGGAUCCUUUUGCUCAACAUGGUGUUACUCAGUUUUCUGAUCUGAAGCAUUAUGAGUUCAGAAGAACGCACUUGGGGGUGAAAAGUGCGUAUAAGUUUUUGCAGCAGCACGCUGAUCAAGCCGCCCCUAUUCUCCCUACAAAGAAUCUUCCUGAUGAUUUUGAUUGGAGAGAUCACGGCGCAGUUACUCCAGUGAAGAAUCAGGGAUCAUGUGGAUCUUCAUGGAGUUUCAGCACUACAGGUGCGCUUGAAGGUGCUCACUUCCUAGCCACUGGUAAACUCGUCAGUCUCAGUGAACAACAGCUUGUUGAUUGUGAUCACCAGUGUGAUCCAGGAGUGGGAGAUUUAUGUUACUCUGGUUGCAACGGUGGGCUAAUGAACACCGCCUUUGAGUACACUCUCCAAACCGGAGGGCUCAUGAGAGAGGAAGACUAUCCUUACACAGGAACUACUGCUGGUGAUGGGAUCUGCAAGUUAGACAAGUCUAAGACUGUUGCCUCUGUGUUCAACGUCAGUGUUGUCUCUACCAACGAAGAUCAAAUCGCUGCAAAUCUCGUCAAGAACGGUCCUCUAGCUGUGGCUAUCAAUUCAGCUUACAUGCAAAGUUACAUUGGAGGAGUUUCGUGUCCUUACAUGUGCUCAAGGAGUCUCAACCACGGUGUGUUGUUGGUGGGUUAUGGCUCAGCUAAGUCAAGGUUUAAGGAGAAGCCAUAUUGGAUCAUCAAAAACUCAUGGGGAGAAACUUGGGGUGAGGAUGGUUUCUAUAAGAUAUGUAAAGGCCGUAACAUAUGCGGCUUUGGUGGCUUGGUUUCCACCCUCGCUGUCUCCAUGUAG